AUGGCUCUCCCUCUGGAGACGGUUGACGGCUAUAAACUCAUUAAGCACAUUCAGGAUGACGUCUACCUUGGUUAUCGUCAGAUCCAGGGUGCUGGGCUAUUAGAGGACGACCGUAAGGUGAUGAUCAAGCUGGAGGCGCGCGAUACGGACGCACCGUCCCUUGAACGCGAGGUCAAGAAUCUUCUAUCUUUUUCGGGGGAAAUUGGUUUUCCCCUGGUCGAACGCUAUGGCGCCAAAGACGGGUAUAGAUUCAUGGUCUGCCGCCUCGCCGGUCCUACCUUGGAGGGUUUAUUGGGAUGGUGUAGGGCGUUCUCCCUAAAGACCGUCCUCCUCCUCGCCGAGCAGCUCAUAAGCCGCAUUGAGGUCAUUCAUCGCCGGUCUUUCAUUCACGGCGGGAUACGGCCUGGUGCGUUUGCCUUGGGCACUGUAAAGGCCUUAAAUCAGGUCACGCUUGUUGAGGUAGCUGGAUUGAUCACGGAACACCCGCGGCGUAAUGAUGCCCGGUAUUCCGACCUUGAGGGGCUCACACUCAUGCUCAUCUAUAUGUGCCGCAGGCUAGCGCCAUGGGACGGGCUCCAGAUCGACCUUACGAAGACACCGUACGAAGACAUUCUCCGGCAAAUGGAGGACACGCGGGCGGAAGUUCUCUGUAAAGGGCUGCCUCGAGCGUUCGAAGUCUGCUUGGAGUACGUGAAAUCUCCUGACUGUACCAAUGAACCCGACUACAACUAUCUCCGUCAACUUUUCUGCAGCGCUUUCGGCGAGGAGGGGUUCUUACGCGACGGAGUCUUCGAUUGGAUUGUUUACAAGUAUUGGAAUUCCCAACAAUGCUACUCUCGGCCGGUCGCAGGCAUUACUAGCGAGGUAGGGAGAAAGCGCCUCUUAGGCGAAGACGCUCGAAGGGAACACAACGCCCAGGCCGAUCCACUCCGUCAAGCGGAAGAAGCGUGUGUGUCAAUUACCAAGGCGGAUAAAGCUGACUGGACGGCAGCUGACUGGACGGCGGCCGCCUCCGCAUACCUCGAGCUCACCAGAAGGUAUAUCGAUAUUUGGGAUCUUACACAGCACCCCGAGACCCCCCCCCCAACUUAA